AGAGCCAGCAUCACAUGAUGAGAUCCACUUGUUACACAAGGAAGCGGGAGGCCCUUGGACUAAGCUAGAAGAUGUUAACCUCUUUCAGCUGAAGAAAAAAGACGUUGUUACCUUUGAUAUACCCCAGAGCUUCUCGAAGUAGGUCAAUUACCUUAAUACAACCCAAACCUUAUCUAAGUAGGUCUUCACACCUUUGAUAUCCCUCAGAGCUUCUCAAAAUAGUCUUUCACCUUUGAUAUCACCUAUAGCUUCUUUAAGUAGCUCUUGCUACCUUUGAUAUCCCCCAUAUCUUCUCUGAGUGGGUCUUGCUACCUUUGAUUCAGCCCAAAGCUUCUCUAAGUGGGCCAAAUUCCUUUGAUACAGCCCAUAGCUUCUCUAAGUAGGUCUAAGUACAUUUGAUACAGCCCAUAGCUUCUCUAAGUAGGUCUAAGUACCUUUGAUACAGCCCAUAGCUUCUCUAAGUAGGUCUAAGUACCUUUGAUGCAGCCCAUAGCUUCUCUAAGUAGGCCAAACUAUCUUUAGGUUAUGAUUUAAUUUUAAACAUGAUGAAUAAUUUAACCCAAAAAAAACGCACACAAAAACCAUAAGUUUGGUAUUAUCUUCAUCUUUAGAAUUAGGAGCUGAACCUGACUUGUCAGGCGUUAUUUUAACAUUGGAUUAAAAUUCUGAGAUUGAAAUAGGAAACAAUCUUAAAUAUGCUCUAGGGCCACUUCCAACUUUUGGCGUAUGCUGAAUGCAUAUACACGUAAACUGUUUAAUAUCCAAAAAUAUUUUAUAAAAUCAUUUGAAGUGAUGAGAUUGUUUUAAGGAUCGUUGUGUGGGUUUCCUUUUAAUAUAUAUGUAUUGAAUUUUUUUUUUUAAAAUCGUUUACCAGGUUGGUCAUAAUCAGGACGACAAUUGAGGUGACCUCUUUGCAAGCUGAAAAAAUAGUCCGCCAUCUUGUGAAAGCCAUGACCUUGAAACCCAUAUGUGUUAUCAUGCGACAGAUGAGUGCCGAACCAUCUAAUGCCAUGGUCACCUGCGCCCUUCCCGUGAAUGUCGAAAGGUUCGGUUACGUUGAUACUGUUGAAACUGUCGUAGAUACGUUAAUGACAUAUCAGUCUUUAGAUUAAUCCAAAUGUUAAUGACAGCUAGACUUAAUCGGUUCUGUUGAUUGUUCACAGUUUAUGAAGACAUGUGUUUUAAUAAAAGACAAUAUUUUUUUAUAUGAAUUAUAUGUUUUGUUUUCUAAAUAAAUUACUUGACGCUCUAAGUAAUAGUAUUGUUGACACUGUGUCACAAUUAAGGGACUUUCCGAAAUGUUAACAAUGAUAUCAGACUUAACAAGAUCAAAGUACAUUGAAAUUCAAUCUUAAAUAACGAGAUCAUUAUUUUUUUGUGUGAUCGACACUUUACUCCGGUUUAGCACAAUUCAUUACACGUGACAGCAUGUCAUAGGCUACAUCUUACAUUUCCUUUGUAUCCUACUUUGAUGCUAACUUAAUCAUCAUCUAUUGCAAUUCAUAUGUCUGUCUUUCUAUCUAUUUCUCUCUCACACUAUGUCUGUGUAUCUUUAUGUCUGUCUGUCUUUCUUUCUCUGUAUCUGUCUGUUUCUCUCACUCUCCCUAUCUGUUUAUGUCUUCCUCCCUCUCUCUCAGUUGGUCUGCUUGUCUCCCUCCCCCUCUCUCUCUGUCUCUCUCUGUCUCUCUCUCUCUCUCUCUCUCUGUUUCUGCCUUUCUCCCUAGAUCUGUCAGUCUCCCAUUCUCUCUGUUUUAAGUGUGUAUUUCUAAACUGCCAGUUUUAUGAAGACAGAAUCCCAGUAAUCCUUUAACUUAAACUUUGACCUUUCUUUAUCUCACAGAACCACCCGCAUAAUGGCAGACAACGGCUACGACCACGGACCUCGGCCAACCACUGACGUCAUGUGCUCAGAA